AUGGUUUUGCGGGCGGAGCCGGGGUGGGGUGCUAGGGUACAUAGGCAGCAGCCGACCACUGUUCUUCUCCCCUUCCGUGACACUGAAAGGGUGGUCCCAUACACGGAGGAGGGUGUAUACAUCAGUGCCGCGCCGUACUGUCAUUAUGAUCCAUCAGUUGGGUCCUACACCUCGUUCGGACAACUACUGAGGCAUGCAAAUGCUGGGGAGUUGUGCCAGUACAACAGUGGACUCAAUCAAUUGUUCAGAAGUGAUGAAGUGCAUGGAUUACAACAAGUUCAGGCUGAUGACGAGAUACACCAGGUUCAAGGGUAUGAAGCUGGUGAGGAUUCAGCAUAUGAGUCUGAACGAGGAUGA